AUGACUUUUGGUAUUCUGGUAGUGUGUUUAACAGCACGAAAAUUACAUGCAUCAUGUCAAUUAAACUUUCAAGCAAUAAUAGAUGGUGAUUCAUUUAAUCAUAAUUCGAAUCCAUGUUUUCUUGUUGCUGGUGAUUUUAAUCAUGAUAACUUAAUCGAUAUCGUUGUCGCUAAUUCCGGCACAAAUAGUAUUGGCAUAUUCCUUAAUUAUGGGAAUAAAACUUUCGCAUCACAGAGAACAUUUUCAACAGAAGAUCAUUCUAGACCAAUUUCAGUUGCUACAGGUGAUUUUAACAAUGAUACUCAUUUAGAUAUUGCUGUUGCUAAUUAUGAUAGUCACAAUAUAGGGAUAUUUCUUGGUUAUGGUAAUGGUACUUUCUCAAAUCAAACAACAUUCUCUAUUGGUGCUUCUCGUCCAGUCUCAAUAGCUGUUGGUGACUUAAAUAAUGAUCAUUGGCUAGAUAUUGUCGUUGCCAAUAACGGUACGAACGAUAUAGCCAUACUUUUUGGAUAUGAAAAUGGUUUUUUUCGAGACCCGAUAACAUAUUCUACUGGCUACGAUUCAUUUCCUUAUUUCAUUGUUAUUGAUGACUUUAACAAUGAUUACAAUCUAGACAUUGCAGUAGCCAACUACGGUACCAGCAAUGUUGGCGUAUUUCUUGGAUAUGGACAUGGAAAUUUUACACCACAAAUUACCUAUUCAACUAGUCCGCAAUCUGGUCCCUAUUCGAUCGCUGUUAAUGAUUUCAACAACGAUGGACAAUUAGAUAUUGCCGUGGCCAAUUCUGGUAAGAACAAUGUUGGUAUAUUUCUUGGUUACAAAAAUGGAACAUUCGCAUCGCAAACGACAUAUUCGAUUUCUCCUGGAUCCCGUCCACAAUCGAUCAUGGUUGGCGAUUUCAAUCAAGAUAAUGAACUAGAUAUCGCUGUUUCUAAUCAUGAUACAAACAAUAUCAGCAUACUUAUUGGAUAUGGUAAUGGAAGUUUUGCAAUACCUACAAUGCAUUCAACCGACGCUGAUUCAAUGCCGUUCGCAAUCAUUGUUGGUGAUUUUGACAACAACAAUCAAUCGGAUAUCGCUGUUGCUAAUUUUGGCACGAACAACGUAUUGAUGCUUAUUGGAUAUGUUUUGAUACAAGCAGAAAGUCCAACAGCAUAUUCUACUGGAGUCGGUUCAAUUCCUUACUAUAUCAUUACUGAAGAUAUUAAUAACGACACUGAUCUUGACCUUGUUGUUGCUAACUCUGGCACUGGCACUCUUGGUGUAUUUCUUGGCUAUGGAAACGGAAGUUUUCGAGAACAAAUAACAUAUCCAUCUGCGAAUAAUUCUGAUGUGCGUGGACUUGUCCUCCGUGAUUUAGAUAAUGACCAUCGACUAGAUAUUGUUGUCGCUAAUUUUAAUGACGAAACUCUAGGAAUAUUAUACGGAUAUGGUAAUGGAUCAUUUACCCCAGUGGUAACAUAUUUCACUGGAAGUCCUUCAUCGCCAAGAUGGAUCACUGUUAAUGAUUUCAACAAUGAUAAUUAUCCUGAUAUUGUCUUUACCGAUCAGGUCGGUGGCUAUAUAGGUAUUUUUCUAGGAUAUGGAAAUAGAACUUUUGGAAAUCUAAUGAGGUAUCUUUUCGGACAUCAAUCACAGUUGCUUGGCAUAGAUGCAGGAGACUUCAACCACGACCAUAACUUAGAUGUUGCCGUUGCCGAUUAUGGCACUGGUAACAUAGGAAUCUUCCUUGGCUCUGGUAAUGGUAGUUUUACAUUAUUCACAUUUUAUUCGACUGGAGAUAAAUCUCAUGUGUCGUCGGUUACAGUCGCUGAUUUAAACAAUGAUACUCACUUGGAUAUUGUCGUUUCUAAUUCUGCCACUAACAAUAUAGGGAUAUUUUUUGGAUUUGGUAAUGGUAGGUUCGAUAAACAGCUGUUAUAUUCAACAGGCUUAAGCUCUGGGCCUCUUUGGGUUAGUGUUGCUGAUUAUAAUAACGACGGUUCACUCGAUCUUGCUGUCGCAAAUCCCUUGACGAAUAAUGUCGGUAUAUUGCUUGGAAAUGGUCAAGGAUAUUUUGAUAAUCAAACAAUCUAUUUGACUGGUUUAAAUUCGAAACCAUACUCGAUUGCCGUUGGUGAUUUCAAUAAAGAUAAUCGAUUAGAUAUUGCUGUAGCCAAUUACGGAACCAAUAAUGUUGCUAUAUUACUUGGACAUCCUAUUGAAAAUUCUCCAAAUCGAGCAAUCAAUGCAACUGAUAAUGAUUCACAAGUUAAUCAUAUUAAUCAAUCGAAUUCUACAGUUGCAAAUUGGCUCAUUAAUGAUAAACCUAUAUUAUUAGGAGACUAUUAUGCAGAUUUCCAAAGUCAAACAAUUUAUUCAACGGGCUUUAGCUCUCAUCCGUACUCUAUUGCUAUUGGCGAUCUAAAUAAUGAUACACAAAUGGAUAUUGUUGUUACCAAUUCAGGAAAUGAAAGUCUCGGUAUAUUUCUUGGAUAUAGUAAUGGAAGUUUUGCCACUGAAACAAUCUAUUCAAUUGGUGUUGGUUCUAAUCCAGGCGAUGUUAUUAUUGAUGAUUUUAAUAGAGACAAUUGGUUGGAUGUUGCUGUUACCGACGGUAACGAUGACAGCAUAAUUAUAAUUAUGGGAAAUGAAAACGGAACGUUUUCAACAAAACUGACAUAUUUCACUGGUUCUGGAUCAAUGCCGAGUGCUCUUGCAAUUGGUUACUUUAAUAAUGAUAAAUACUUAGAUCUUGCCGUCGCUAAUACAGAAGCAGAUACUAUCGGCAUAUUUUUUGGACUGGACUACACAGUUUUUAAAAACCAAAAGUCAUGUAACGCUGGCAAGGAUUCAAGUCCAGAUUCGUUAGCCAUUGGUGAUUUCAAUAACGAUGGUCAUUUAGAUAUAGUGACUACACUUUAUUACUGGGGUAUGUUGGGUGUGUUUCUCGGCUAUGGUAAUGGCACUUUUACAUCAUUAAGUACAUAUUCAGAUAUGCACUUUUCACAACCUCGCGCGGUCACUGUUGGUGAUGUCAACAACGACAAUCAACUGGAUAUAAUAGAAGUGAAACGGGGUAUUAAUAGUAUUAGUAUAGUAUUAGGACACGGAAAUGGAACCUUUGCAAAUCCUAUAUUGUAUUCAGCUGGUCCUGAUACUGCUCCACGUUCAAUAGCUGUAGGUGAUUUUAACCAUGACAAUUGUCUCGAUGUUACUGUAGCAAAUUAUGGCGCAAACACUAUAGGUGUAUUCUUUGGAUAUGGAAACGGGACUUUUCAAGACGUAAUAGCACUGUCAACUGGGAAAGGUUCUCGCCCGCAUUCGGUUACUGUUUUCGAUAUCAACAACGAUACUCAUCUAGAUAUAAUAGUUGCUAACACAGGAAUCGAUCAGGUGGGUGUAUUUCUGGGAUACGGCAACAAAAGUUUUACAGCACAAAUGACUUUCUCAACUGGUGCUGAUUCUUCUCCACAGUCUGCUAUCGCUCGGGACUUCGACAAAGACGGAAAAGUAGAUCUUGCUAUUACAAAUUACGGCACAAAUAAUGUCUUUAUACUCUAUGGAUAUGACAACGGUACUUUUGGAAACUUGCGCAUGUUUACAACUGGUACUAGUUUGCAUCCAGAGCAUAUGGAAGUUGGUGACUUCAAUAAUGACAAUCAACUGGAUAUCAUCGUUACCGACGAAGAUAGUCAAUAUGUGGGUAUCUUUUUUGGUUACAAUGACGGAACAUUUGCCAGUAUAUCGUUAGUUCCCCUAGAACAGACUGCUUCUAUUGUAGGUUACGUUGCUGUUGGUGACUUUAACAAUGACACUCACUUGGAUUUCGCUUUGGCUGAUUAUGGCAAUAACUAUAUCCAAGUAUAUCUUGCAAAUGGUACUAAACCUUUCACAGGACAGACAACGUCGUACGACGUUGGUCAAGGCGCUCGUCCUUCUGCAUUGGCUGUUGGUCAUUUCAAUAAUGACAGUCACUUAGAUCUUGCUGUCGCCAAUUACGGUACCAACAAUAUUGGCAUACUUUUUGGAAAUGAAAACAGAAUGUUUUCCAAUGUUACAACAUAUUCGACUGGUGAUGAUUCUCAUCCCUUGUCAUUAGCUGUCGCUGAUGUCAAUAAUGACUCUCUAACUGAUAUUAUCGUUGGAAACUCUAUGACUGAUAAUAUUGUCGUAUUUAUUGGCUUAGGUAAUGGGAAAUUUUCUACUUUAACGACUUAUUCAAUGGGUUAUGAUUCUCAGCCGAUGUCAAUUGCCAUAGGUGAUUUUAACAGAGACUAUAAAAAAGAUAUAGCAGUGGCGAAUUUCGGUGCGAACAAUAUUUGCAUUCUUUUUGGUUAUGAUAAUGGAACUUUUACCAACCAAACAUGGUAUCCAUUAGGCUAUGAUUCUCGACCAACUUGGAUCGUCUUUAAAGAUUUGAACAAUGAUCGUUGGGAUGACAUCGCUGUCGCAACAUAUGGUAUAGACAAUAUAAAAAUUCUUUUAAAUCUCUGCUAA